GGCGCGCAUAAAUUUCUCAGUCAUCGGAUAGUUUCGGACAGAGCUGCCUCCAUUCGCCGCCACCGGCCCACCAUCACCACCACAGUCCACAGGUCUGAAAUGGAUAGGGUUCGGCAAGAAAAGAUACAGAGAUUCGAAGAGUUUGUUGAUCGCCGCUUGAAGCCGGAUCUUGUUCACGCUAUUGCUGAAAGGCAUUUGGACAAGGUCUUUGAACAACAAAAAGUUUUCUCUGAUCUGAAAAGAAACAUAGAGACGUUGGAGAAUAAUAGUGUAACCAGUCUGAGGACAUUGGUCAAUCUUGGUUCUGAAGUGUAUAUGCAAGCUGAUGUGCCAGACACAAGUCGUAUAUUUGUCGAUGUAGGACUUGGAUUUCAUGUUGAGUUCACUUGGUCUGAAGCUUUACAAUAUAUUGCUGCAAGGGAGGAAAAGUUGGACAGGCAAAUAGAGGAUUAUACCCGCCUAAUUGCAUCAAUCAAGUCGCAGAUCAAGAUGGUUUGUGAAGGGAUUAGAGAAUUACUCCAACUUACUGAGGUUUCUUAAUGAAAUGAGUAUCAUGGAUUGCUUCUAGCAAGAAAAAGCCAAAGAAAGUUUGCAGCCAAAGAGUUUGCUUAAUAGGGUACAAUGAGGGAUAGGAGCUGCACAUAUUCAUGUACAUCCAACCACUAUUUCGUAGUGGAAAUCAACUACAAUGCCCUUACUGGCUUCUGCUUUGUGACAUUAUGUGAAGCAAUUUGCUUGCUUAAAACCUGUAGGAAUCUUUAAUAGAGGUACCUCCAUGGAUGCUGUCA